AAGGAGCCAAUGUGCUUUUCCUCUUACAACUCGACACAUCACAAUUCGCAAGAUUAAUCUUUGCAAAGUUCAAGUCUGACUCAAGCUACGAUAUCACGGGAAAAUGAAGCUCUUUGUCUUCUGCAUUUUCGCUGCACUUUGUGGCAUACAGGUAACAAGUGCUGCCAAUGGCUUGCAAAUUCUUGUUCAAGGAAUCCGCAAGCUCAAAACCAACACGAAUGAUAUAAUACAAGACCUACAACGUUACCAAAAUACUUUGGUUAGAGAACUUGAAAGGAAGGUACAUGACCGGAAAUUCCAAUCAAUAUCGGAAAUAAACACCAUCACAAACUCAGCUCUUAAAGACAUUGAGGCUGCUGUGGCAAAGGCCAAAGGAGAAGGCAAAGAUGCAAGUUCUUGUGAAACAAGUGCCAAAUCCAGCCUCAGGGAGCUCAGUUUGGCUGCUUUUAAAAAUUGGGACGAGAAAUCGAAAAGCAGCGUCGCUACUCUCGACCCGGUUCUGAAAAACAUCGAAUCCGUCAUCUCGGCUGCCAAGAACUCCCUCAUCUACUUGGACUCCAUCGUCCCCGGAUGCAUCUCGUCCAACACCUGGGCCACUCAAAGUUGCGUUGCCGGUAAACUGCCAGCCGCACAUCAAACACUGAAAAGUCUCCAAAGUUCUUCCGACUUGGUGAAGCGUACCGGAACUUCUCUCUCCAACGACGCCUACCAAGACGUCUUCAGAUACAGUCUCCAGUCAACGUCGGAUUUCCGCACAAACACAGUAAACAUUCGUUUGGGGGUCAAUAGAUGCAUCGAAACAGCCUAGAAAACUCAAUCAGUUUUUUAUACAAUUGUUAAAAUAAACAAGACCAUAGCCACUGCAGCGACAGACUGCCGUAAAUAUGGUACCUCUGCAUGGUGUUAUAAAUUAAUAAUACCCUUCCGUGAACUACGCUGUGACCAAUUUUAGAACCUUUAUAAAUGUAAAAUAACGCACAUGCAAAAUAAAACAAAAGGACUGAAGAUGCUUUUAUUUA